AAAUUUCGGGUUUUACUAUCCUUAUGGGGACAUUUGGUCCCCACAAAGUGAUAAAUACACGCUCACACAUACACACACACACACACACACACACACACAGUAAAAGAACUGCUUGACCAUCAGAAAUAAUUGUAGAAUAAAAUGGCAUUGAUUACACCUGAUUAAUGUAUACUUAACUUGAUAAAAAUACACCACACUGUCUGCUCUGCCUCCCCAAUCUCAGUCUCCCAGUCUUUAAACAUUUUUGUUAUCCUUCUGAACCCAUAGAGUGUUCAUUCUCAUAAUCUCUAACCACUGGGCUUGCUUUUCCACUUGUCUCUGCUCGCCACCAUUAUUUCUUAAACCAAUCUGACUUCAAUCUAAUGGUGGAACCCUAGCAACCCAUCUAUAAAAGGCCCAUUUGUUUAGGAAGUGUAUAUUCUAGGUAAAAAGUUAAAGGUGAUUAAACAUAAUGAGUAUCUUGCCUAAUGGGUUGCCUAAACAUAUUAUACAUCUUGUCUAAGUAAAUACGUAUUUAAAAUACUAAAUAUACACUCACCUAAAGGAUUAUUAGGAACACCUGUUCAAUUUCUCAUUAAUGCAAUUAUCUAAUCAACCAAUCACAUGGCAGUUGCUUCAAUGCAUUUAGGGGUGUGGUCCUGGUCAAGACAAUCUCCUGAACUCCAAACUGAAUGUCAGAAUGGGAAAGAAAUGUGAUUUAAGCAAUUUUGAGUGUGGCAUGGUUGUUGGUGCCAGACGGGCCGGUCUGAGUAUUUCACAAUCUGCUCAGUUACUGGGAUUUUCACGCACAACCAUUUCUAGGGUUUACAAAGAAUGGUGUGAAAAGGAAAAACAUCCAGUAUGCGGCAGUCCUGUGGGCAAAAAUGCCUUGUUGAUGCUAGAGGUCAGAGGAGAAUGGGCCGACUGAUUCAAGCUGAUAGAAGAGCAACUUUGCCUGAAAUAAGCACUCGUUACAACCGAGGUAUGCAGCAAAGCAUUUGUGAAGCCACAACACGCACAACCUUGAGGCGGAUGGGCUACAACAGCAGAAGACCCCACCGGGUACCACUCAUCUCCACUAUAAAUAGGAAAAAGAGGCUACAAUUUGCAAGAGCUCACCAAAAUUGGACAGUUGAAGACUGGAAAAAUGUUGCCUGGUCUGAUGAGUCUCGAUUUCUGUUGAGACAUUCAGAUGGUAGAGUCAGAAUUUGGCGUAAACAGAAUGAGAACAUGGAUCCAUCAUGCCUUGUUACCACUGUGCAGGCUGCUGGUGGUGGUGGUGGUGGUGUAAUGGUUUGGGGGAUGUUUUCUUGGCACACUUUAGGCCCCUUAGUGCCAAUUGGACAUCGUUUAAAUGCCACGGCCUACCUGAGCAUUGUUUCUGACCAUGUCCAUCCCUUUAUGGCCACCAUGUACCCAUCCUCUGAUGGCUACUUCCAGCAGGAUAAUGCACCAUGUCACAAAGCUCGAAUCAUUUCAAAUUGGUUUCUUGAACAUAACAAUGAGUUCACUGUACUAAAAUGGCCCCCACAGUCACCAGAUCUCAACCCAAUAGAGCAUCUUUGUGAUGUGGUGGAACGGGAGCUUCGUGCCCUGGAUGUGCAUCCCACAAAUCUCCAUCAACUGCAAGAUGCUAUCCUAUCAAUAUGGGCCAACAUUUCUAAAGAAUGCUUUCAGCACCUUGUUAUAUAUAUAUAUAUAAAUAAUGGCGUUGUGCAGGUUUAUGUGAAUGUAGAUCUGACCUUGGUGGAGGAGAGGGAUCUGGUGAAAUACCUCAAACCUAUCCAAAGUCGGAAGUUAAUGAAGGGCAUCAAAGAAGGACUUGUUACUCUUAAUAUGGAGUUGGUCUCUGCUCCUGAUCCAAGUGCUCCAAGUUCCCCAACUCCAUGGUCUCCAAACACAACAUUCCAACCUCCAAAUCAGCUGUUGCCCAGCCCUCCAAGCACGUCAAGCGCUUCACAGCCUGGCGUACCAUGGCAUGUUGACUUUCGUCUCAACUGGGACCAGGUGUCAUCAGCCAUUCGGCUUAGAGUGGAAAAAGAAGAAAGACCAUUGCCAGACGAGAGAAAGGCCUUCGUGGUCGUGCUCGUGGACCAAAUGAUGCAGCACGACCGUAACCCAACCAGAGCCAUGUGCCACAGCGUUGUGAGAAACAUUGUCAGGAGCAAUCCAAAAUCAUUUGGCGACAUUGGCAAGCACGGUGUUACUGCUGGAGACGGAUGUCACUCUCUUCUGCAACAAGUAAAAACGAGAGUGGAGAACAAAAAUAGGAAUAAUACACUUGCUCAACGCCGCAGAGAAAGAAGACCGUGCACGAAGCUACAGGAGGCAAUUAGUCGACGAGGACAGACCAUCCUGGAUUACUGUGCAACACUGGACAACCCCAAGAUCCGUGAUGUUCUGGCCUGCUAUGAUCCAGACUCUGACAAGGCUGCCUGCAUCCUGCUGCUCCUAAUGUUGUACUUCAAAGAGCCGAAAGAGAGUUUGAUGCUUGAAGUUGAUCCAUGUGCCACUGCUGUGGACUUCAAUACUGCAGAACUCCCCAGCACCCCCUGCUUGAUCAUUCAAGGUGACAUGAUGAAACCCUCUGGAUGGCUUAUAUCCAUCGAGGGACAUGUCGUGAUGGGCCCACACCCUUUCUUUUUACACGGAGUAGCUGCUUUCUUCAGCAGAUAUUACGUCUUCAACCUUGAGUAUCCUGCCGCUGGAUCGUCGACGCUGGAGUUCAUUCAAAGGUGCUUCCUGGGCAUCAAUCCUGAAAGAGGCUCAAAGACCAAGAAGUGGACAACAAUGAACCCUCAUGUGAGCACCCUUUUGAGGAAACUUAUUGACUUUGAGUGGGCAUCAUAGUUUUUUUUUGCAGCGGUAGUUGUCAGGCUCAGUUUUGAGUAGCCUUGUACUUUUCGUAAUUUUUCAAGACAACUUUGCACUACAAGAUUUUUACACAAUGCUGUUGCGUGUGGAUUCAUUAUAAUGUUUGAGACUGAGAGGAGCGCCUGACCCCUUUACGACAUUCCUUCAUCGCUCUCCCCUUGCUCUCUUAUCUUGCCAUGAAGGCCUCAUUCCCAUCCUGUCCAUUACUGUUAUUGUGACACAGCUAGUUGAAUAGUUUAAUUGUGAGACAGGUAGUUGAAUUGCAAGUUUGCACAAUUUCUCUGUAUUUUAAGAUGGCUUUUAUGACUAGAAAGUUGAAUUUCUUGAACUCUUGAAGUUCUUGGCAUCUGCUGUACAUUGAAAAAUAUGUAUUUGUUAAUAAAUAUGCCAUUGG